UAGGCUGUCUAGAAUGCUUCUUAGACCUUAUAUAUGGUCUUUCAACAAUUCCUGGUUCACUCACUAAAAAAAAACAAAUAAAAAAAAAAAAUUCACGUAGUAUAACAUCUAAAUUCUACCAUGCUCACUUCACGUCCAUCACUCCAUUCCCAAACCUAUAAAUACACAUGCAAUCACUUAAUUAACAUAACCAAAACUCAACCACCCAACUGAAAAAACAAACAUUACGUAGCUACAAUAAUGUCAAACCAAUUACGUAGACGUUCUUACACAAUCUGCAUGUUGCUGUUCUUGAUCGCCACCGGAACCUUAAGGUUUCACCGUUUUGCCGAGGGAAUACAACGUAGGAUCCACGUGUCUGACAACCUUAACGACGUCGUAGACAGCGAUGAGGACGAAGAAGAAGGGAAACAAUGGGGCAGGAAGGAAAACGCCAACUCAGAAUCGGAUAUCCAAUCUGAAAUGAUGAAGCGGGUUUUAGGACCCGUUUUCGGAUUCGUUAAGCUCCGACUUGGUACUCGUCGCACUCCGGAAAUGGUUACUGUCAUUGCCAAGCGGUGGGCCAAUCUAGCAAGAACUGAAGCAAUUGAGACAAAGUUCAUAGGUGUUGAUUGGACCACGAUAAUGUUCACCAUGGAAAAAGGUCAAGAUACAACAGAGUUGAAAAAGUUUUUGCUGGAACAAGAAGAAGCAUAUGAGAUUAAAAUAGGGGACCAACUAUUUCGAAGACCAGGCGACCCUCCUUUUGAAGAAGUAUUCCAGAUUGAGGAAGAGAAGAGCAGGCACUCUGAGUUGUAAUGGCUAGAAACAAACCCGUCUCUUUCUCCUCUAUUUCGUUUCUAGAUUUCCAGGAACUUGUACAUUGGUUCAUUCCUCCACGCUGCUCAUUUAACUAUUGAUCCUCCAACAUCUAUUACGAGACAUGUUGCUGGACAUGGCUGACAUCUUACCUCACUCUUUUUUCUCCUGAGUUUUUCUGGUUACCAUCUAACAUCUUGUGAUUUUUUUGUAACCAAGGGCUUAUCAAAUUAUAUCUCUGUUUGACAAAUAACUUAGACAUGUAGAUUCAAUAAAUUAGUUGUAGUAGGAUUGCUGAGUGCUGACAUUCAACAUUGAACAUCUUAUGCCAAGAAAUAUCGAUCGGAGGUUCAGAAGCUUAUAAUGGGACUCAUGAUCACGAAUUUUUUA